CUUUUCAAAAAUAUUACCCUCUGGGUAGUGAUAUUGACAUAAUUUUUGAUUUGGGAACUGCCUCUACUGACGUCUUGCUGUGGAAAAAAGGUAUACAUAAUAGAGCAAGGCAGCUGAUGCUAAAUGUCCUUCUGGAGGAAUGGAAAAAUCCCUGCAGUAGAGAAAGAGAAGCUAGCAAGGGAAAAACAACUCUUUUAAAAAGAAUCGCUGUACUCUGGGCUUCUAAAAAUUACUCUGCUUUGCAAAAAUUCCAAUUUGUUUUCUUUAUCAGCCUGACUAGCACAAGAGGUGGGAUACACGAGACUGACUGUGAUCAGCUUCUUUUUGAACAAUACUCCAUCUGCAAACAAGAUUUCAUGAAAAUGCUACUAGCAUGAAGGCAAAGGGUUCUUUUCCUGUUAGAUGGAUAUGAUGAAUUCAAACCCCCAAACUGUCCAGAGAGAGAAGCAAUGAUUAAAGAAAACCACAAAUUCAAGAACAUGGUUCUUAUUGCUGCCAGGACUGAGUCUAUCCGUAAAAUCGGACAGUUUGGGUCACUAAUUGCUGAAAUAAGAGAUCUAUCGGAGGAGAGUUGCAAGAAGCUCAUUAAAAAUGUCUUGACAAAUAAGCUGGCUGAUGGUCUGUUAAACCAGCUUAAAGAGGCCACCAUGAAGAACCUUAUGAAGACUCCACUCUUUGUCAUCAUUGCUUGUGCCAUCCAGAUGGGUGAAAGUAAUUUUCAUCCAAGCACCCAGACUCUACUUUUCUCUACUUUGUGUAACUUGAUGGUGAAGAAAACCAGGUACAAAACAAAAGAAAUAACAGAAAGUCAUAUUAUGCUGAGCAUAAAUCAUGCCAGAGAUUUAGCUGUAGACGGAAUAUUUGAUCAAAGAUUUGAUUUUCAGUCUGAGGAUUUAGCUGAUAUAAAAGAAGUAGUCCUGCUAACUUCAGGUCUCCUAAAUAAACACACAGCUCAAAGACUAAAGCCAACAUACAGAUUCUUUCAUAAAUCAUUUCAGGAAUACACUGCAGGCAGAAAACUUUACAAACUAGUGACAUCCUGCCAAGAAGCAGAGGUGAAGAAAGGGUAUAGUUAUCUACAGAAAAUCAAUACUCUUUCAGAUAUUACUUAGACUUAUUUCAGUUUGCUCCUCUACACUUGUGGAUCCUCUCUAGAUGCCACUAGAAUAAUUUUGGACUUACUGAAAAGACUUGAUCAGCAUAGAGAUAUUUCUGAACUUUUCUUUUAUGAAAGUUCUUCAAAAUCAGCCUUGAGCAGAUAUUUUGAAAUUUUUUUUUGUGAUGAAAGUAUUUACAUUAAUACUCAAAAUAUCCCGGCUUAUUUCUCUGAUUUUUUUAGAUACUGACCAAAUUGUCUUAGUGUACUAGGACCCAUUAAGUUAGAAUUUUUUUGAAAUUACUCACCAAGUAAGGAAACAGAUUAUGAGAAUGUGGAAGAUCUUCAAAUUAGUUCACUUAAAACUUACAUCCCUGAAAAGGCUAUCUCCUCAUUCUUCAGCUGGAGCCACAGCCCCAGAUCUUUAGAAAUUGCACUGCAAGAUUUCAACAAGUUAAAGAAACAUGAUAUUAAAUGUCUGGGCAAAAUAUGUUGCUCUGCUGCAAGCCUGAAGCUGCACAUCAGGAGUAGUGCUGGUAUCGCAGGAACAUUGAAUGAAGUCCUUGAAACCUGUAAAAACUUACAAGAGCUUACUGUGGAGUUCACACCUCUUACUGUGGAAGACGAGCAACGGAUCACAACAAUGAUGAAACUGAAAACCUUGCAUAUAAGAGAUCUGCAAAGUGAAAAUCUAGAAGGCGGACUUGUUGAUGGAGUAAAGCAACUUGUGAAUGCUGAAGGGCUUGUACUUGACAACCUAAGUAUGGAUGAAGGUGAUGCAAAAAAAAUAGCUGAAGGUAUCAGAAAUUUGAGAAAGCUACGCUUAUUAUACAGGAAUCAUUUGACAGCUACUGAGGAUGGCAUAACCUACAUUGUAAGAUCAGUCUCUGAUGAACUAAGUGAACUUAAAGAAAUCCAACUAGUCAGCUGCUGUAUCUCCAGUGAUGCUGUGGAAAUUCUAGCUCAGAAUCUUUGUAAUUUGCCAAAACUGAAUGUACUUGCUUUGUUGGAAAAUUACGUAGAAAAAGAUGCUAUCCACAGACUUGAACACCUGCAGAACCUUCAGCGCUUGGACUUGGCAAUGAAUUGUGUGACAAGCGAUGGCUGGCUUUCCUUCAUGCAGCCACUGAUCUCUCUCAAGAAGCUGGUAUCUGUAGAUUUCAGCAGCAAAUGAGACUGGGUGCCUGCAUCACUGUUAGUCUGCAAAUUAAGUCAGGUACUAACCACACUGAAUUAUUUAAAGGAGAUUAAAGUGACUGGAUGGAAGUUUGAUUGCCAUGAUCUUGGACUUAUUAACGGU